UUAUAUUUUAUGUUAUCUUACAAGUUGUUUCAAUUCAAUCGAAUUAUUUUUUCAAUUAGACUCCAGUCUGAUCUUCCGAAUAGGAAUGCAGCUUUGGCAUCAAAUCCACAAUCUUUUCGUAAUUUAGGCAGACAGGAUCAGCAGUCAAUUGAUCGUCGACAAGUAUUGCAGCAGAGACCACCAAUUUAUCUGAAUGCAAAUAAACAACCGUAUGAAGCCCGACAGUCAAAGCCACCGACUUUAUCGUUUUGGAAUAUUGACAAACGCCAACAAUUGGAAGUUCAACAAAUUCAGCCACAAUCUAGCAACAAAUCUACUAUUUAUUUAGAUGACCGAAUGUUGGAGUUGACAAUAGGCAAUAGAUUUGAAGAACCAUUAUUGAAUAUUGAUGAAUAUAAUUUGAAGCCCUCAAUUAGUGACGAUCCUCAUGAAAAAUCUGUAUUUCAAAAAAGGCUUGGAUUUAUUCAUAUGCCAAUUAAACAAGCUCGUUUACUUAUUCAACGUAUUUACAAAUUAUCAGAAAUAAAAUUUCAGAUAGACAAAUCUUUAACAUUACUUUCAAUGGAUCGUUGGACAGAAACUCCAUUAGAGAAUGGAUUAUUACAACAAUUAUAUACAUAUAAAAUACCUGGAAUGCUCUUUGGAGAUUUUCAGCAAACGUUUUAUUUGAGUGUUUUACAGUUUAAGGCUCUUCGCCAUUCAGAAGAUGAAACAUCACUCAACAAAAAUUCAAAAGAAUCAAUCACUUUCGAGCAAGAAUUAACUAAAAAACCAUUCAUUUAUAUUUCACAACAUUCUCUUAAACCAAAUAUUUACCAUCUUUGGGAUCAAGGUGUUUUUGUAAUUGAAGUGCCAAUUAAGAAAAUUUUUGAAUUGGCUUGUAAGAUUGAUGCACUUUUGUCGGGUUCAAAUGAGGUUUUAAAGCAUGAAAAGGCUGAACAAGCAAAAGAGAAAUUAGUUCCUCCAAAACCCCGCUUUAAUUUAAACAAAGAAAAUCCAAUCUCUUAUUUUGCUACGCCACUUGAUACACCCCGUGUGGUUAAGGAAAUCAUUCAUCGCCCUUCAACUGUUGAUCAAAGGCUUGAUAGGCCAAAAAUGGAAAAAGAAUUGGAUAAAACACCAAAAAUAUUUUAUCAAAAAAUUAACCGUCCUAUCCCGGUAUUUUUUAAAGUAUUCAGAAUUUAUUUCCUUUAAAGCAACAAACUCCUGAACGAAGUUAUACCCGUCCAAACCAA